AUGGCCGUCCCACAGGAAAAGGUGACCGCCCACCAGCAGGUCACCAGCAUCGCCCUCCCAGAGAAGGCGGCGUACGCACCAUUGUCCGAUGGCACCACGCCUGGCAACCUGACUCCCGAGAAGAGCUUGGAGAUGCCCCGCGACAGCAACCUCUCCACCCCGCGGUCGUACCGCAACGAGAACCCCUUUGACACGGACAUCGAGGCCAUGAUUACUACGACAUCCUCCUCCGACCCAUACGCCAUGAAGAGCAUCACAACUACAAAGGACUGCCCAACGAUAUGGCCUGGCAAGCAGGAUUGGAAGGCCAAGGCGAAGGCUGCGAAGCGUGACCGUGGCUCCUGCGCUUGCAUGGCCCGCAUGAGCAAGAAGAACCGUAUCAUCAUGAAGGUCGCAAUCGGCCUCCUCAUCAUCGGCGUCGGUGUGGGCGUGGGAUUCGGCGUCAGCAAGCCUUUGGGUGCACCCAUCUGGGGCGAUUCCGACAAGAACCACUGA